AUGACCUUCUUGGGCUACCACGUCCAGGCAGCGCCGAUGAAAGCGCACGAAAGGACGACGAGCAUCCUUUUCCAACCACGGGAGGACUCCGGGAUAGAUGCUGCGGAUGUCAUCGGGCGUGACAAGACCAGCUCUGAGAACAUGUUCAUGAGCUGGGCAGCUGUGGAAUGCUGGGUGGUCAAGCUCAAGUUGUUUCCAUUUGUGUGGUUUAUUGAUUGGCGUGUUGAGGAGCUGUGCGAGUUCGGUGCACAGCGGACAGCCGGCCAUGGAACGUAUGUGAUGCUUCCUGAUCAGCUGCGAGCUGAGCAGGGUCGAGAUGCUGCCUCAACGGAUAGAUUGAGCUGGCAGACGCCGCUCAGCUCAAUGACUGGCUUGAAGUGCGUGGGUACGGAUUCAAGUACUCUGGUUGUGGCUGCCAAGUACAUUGGCAUUUCAAUAACCCACCUAGCUCACGCAUGCAAACAGCGGUGA